AGGAGAAAACAAUACAGUAAACGGAUUUAUCUGGCGUGCUGAAAAGUUGUGGAGAACAAGAGGAUCCAACGAAUUGAAGGCUAAUCCGAAAAAGGGCUCCAACAGAUCAUCAGCCGAUCUGUCUUUCAACAAACCACCAAGAAAAAAACAUGUCUCCACCUUCUCAGGACGAGCUUUCUGGGCAUUCACCUGCUGGUGACAGCUCAACCUCACCAGAGUCUUCCACCCUCGACUCCGCAGCAACCUUUCUUCUACAUUUCACCGCAACCCUACCACCAGCAUCAAUUUUCUACUUGUUGCAGGCCUUGACCCUACUUCUGCUGUGGAUUGCGGUAUUUGCGGGUAGUGGAGUCGAUUUCCUGCGCUUAGGCCAGAAGCUAUCGAAUACGGCUUUGAAACCCUCAUGGCUUUCGAAGAGGGGCUUCCUCUUCGUUCUACAAUCGGAGUGGCUCUAUUUGGCUUGCGCGUACAGCAUCGUGCCUUUGAUGUUUGUGGCUGGAUGGGUUGAGAACAGCGAAGGAGCUUUCUCUACUGCUGAGAAUUAUGAAAUAUCUUCGACGAAGUCGAGGACGUCGACAUCAGCAUCGUUUUCGACGUAUGCCCGACCGAUUCUCCGACUCCUGAUCGCUGUUGCAGUUACGAUAUUCCACUUGGGCGAUUCGUGUCGGACCAGCAGUCACCGCGACUAUCUCAUGCUCUACAAUUGUUGGGUUUUGGCUUUUGCUGGGUUGUUUGUAGUGUUUUUCUCUCCAAACGAUCUUCCAGAAUAUGAAGUUCUUGCCUCCGCUACAUCCCAGUGGAUCGCUUUCGGACUUUGUAUCUGGUACAUUUUCACUUGCGGUGUUUCUAAAGUCGUCAUUGGAGGAGCCAAGGAAUGGGCGUGUAAUGGCACGCUUUUGGCCAUUCUAGAGACGUUUUCUAGAAAGUCACCACGUGGAGGUGGUCCGGUUCUGGGAGUGGUGACGCGGUCUUUGGUGAAACCUCUGUUGGAUGGACGUAGUAGUGAAAAAUCGUCUGCACCACCAGCACCGGGCUACUUGGAUUCUGCCAAACGUUUUUUCCUCAACGCUGCAGCCACAUUCACCCUACUCUUCGAAUGCGUGGCAGCUCCGCUUUGCCUGGUAUUUCCGUCAAUAUUCUAUUUGCGGGUAUUGCUAGGUGCUGGAAUGAUCUUUCUGCAUCUAGCAAUAGGCGCGCUGCAGUCUGGCGCAAUCGGUGCGUUUUUUCUGCCAUGUGCUGCUAGCUAUGCAUACGGAUUGACGCCGGUUACGCAGGACGCGAAUGAAAGCUUGUCAUUGUAUUACCUCUCCAUCAUCGUUGCGAUUUCACCAGUCGCUUACGGUCUUGUAUUCAAACGACCUUCUCGACUUGUUUCUGAGGAUUGGCCUUUUUCUCCUAUGGCCCUCUUCCCAUGGAAUAAUGUGCAGUGGGCAAAACUUCACGAUUUGUUGGUGCGUGGUGAUACGAGACUCGUGGUUGUAGUAGCCUCACAAGAAGACGAACAACCUGGCCUCCAAGAAACUAAAAAGGGAACAACGAACCGUCCUCUAGAAGGCCUCCGAGUAAUCCCCAUAGAAUAUGAUGCUGAAGUUAAGACUCAGCUUUCAACGGUCAUUGGGGUUGGUCACUGAGAUCGAAGAAGCGACCCCUUUCGAGACCAGGGGAAAAGGAAGGGAAAGGGGAGAGCUUUGAAGGGAGUCGCUUCCGUUCAGCAUCAGUGGCCAUUGAAUGCUGAGCUUUAAUGAAGUGCCCUUGAUGGAACGGCAAACAGGUCCGCUUCCUGGAGAGAGAUCUGUAGCGUAUGACUUAUGGUCUAGAGUGAUAGGGAUUACCACCUUUCAAGACGUAAUUCUACAGGAAAUUCUUGCUUCUAGUGCGAAAGGUGGGAAUGAGAAAUAUACAUCGUCAUCAUUAGCACAGAGAUUGACAGAAGCUACCAGACGUUUUCUCGUAGAAACCCAAAGAGUGAUUGAAGUUAGCUCAGGAACAACCUUGACUGACUGUUACUUCGUGCGUGUGGACAGAAAGACUUUGAGAAUCGUGGAGGUGAUACAUUAAAGUGCAUUUUUUAUGUACAUUCCUCCAUGCUGGACGACAGCAAAAAACAUGACGAUUUCGUGCUUCUUCAGGAUAUAGAAGUACUGUAUCUGCU